AUGAGGUUCCUUGUUGUGGGCUUUGCCGCCAUUCUGGCUGUAUCAGCGUUCCUUCCACACGCCUACGCCGAAGAUGAAAUUGAAAAUGCGCCGACUAAGGGAAGCAAAGAAGAAACCAGAGAAGAGGACACAAUCAAACUAGAUGGACUAUCUGUAUCCCAAAUCAAGGAGCUCCGAUCGAAGGCCGAAAAACACGAAUUCCAAGCUGAAGUCAACCGGAUGAUGAAGCUCAUUAUUAAUUCACUCUACAGAAACAAGGAGAUCUUCCUUCGUGAACUUAUCUCCAAUGCCUCUGAUGCUUUAGACAAGAUCCGACUUCUUUCUCUGACUGACCCAGAGCAGCUUCGUGAGACUGAAGAGAUGUCCGUUAAAAUUAAAGCUGAUCGUGAGAACCGUCUCCUUCACAUUACUGACACUGGAGUAGGAAUGACCCGUCAAGACCUCAUCAAUAACUUGGGAACAAUCGCUCGCUCCGGAACUUCUGAGUUCUUGUCCAAGCUCAUGGAUACUGCCACUUCUUCCGAUCAGCAACAGGAUCUUAUUGGACAAUUCGGAGUUGGAUUCUACGCAGCUUUCCUUGUUGCCGACCGCGUCGUCGUGACUACCAAGAACAAUGAUGAUGACCAAUACAUCUGGGAAUCUGAUUCAUCUAGCUUCACCAUAACCAAGGAUCCACGUGGAAACACCUUGAAGCGCGGUACCCAAAUCACACUCUACCUUAAGGAAGAAGCUGCCGAUUUCUUGGAGCCAGACACCCUCAAGAACUUGGUUCACAAGUACUCCCAAUUCAUCAACUUCGACAUUUUCCUCUGGCAAUCAAAGACCGAAAUGGUUGAAGAAGCAGUCGAAGAAGAACCAGCUACCACCGAAGAUGGAGCUGUUGAAGAAGAGAAAGAAGAGAAAAAGACCAAAAAGGUUGAGAAGACCACAUGGGAUUGGGAGAAGGUCAACAAUGUGAAGCCAAUCUGGAUGCGCAAGCCAAACCAAGUUGAAGAAGAUGAAUACAAACAAUUCUACAAGAGCAUCACCAAGGAUUCCGAGGAACCUCUGAGCCACGUUCACUUCAGUGCCGAGGGAGAGGUUUCCUUCAGAUCGAUUCUCUAUGUUCCAAAGAAGUCUCCAAAUGACAUGUUCCAGAACUAUGGAAAGAUCGUCGAAAACAUCAAGUUGUACGUUCGUCGCGUUUUCAUCACAGACGACUUCGCUGAUAUGCUCCCCAAGUACCUUUCUUUCAUUCGCGGAAUCGUCGACUCUGAUGAUCUCCCACUCAACGUUUCUCGUGAAAAUCUUCAACAGCAUAAACUUCUCAAGGUCAUCAAGAAGAAACUUGUUCGUAAAGUGCUCGACAUGCUCAAGAAACUUGAUGGAGCUCAGUUCGACGACUUCUGGAAAGAGUUCUCCACCAACAUCAAAUUGGGAGUUAUGGAGGAUCCAUCAAACAGAAUGCGCCUCGCCAAACUUCUUCGAUUCCAAUCUUCCAACGAUGACGAAAAGACCACGACUCUCGCUGCUUACGUUGAGAGAAUGAAGGAGAAGCAAGAUGCCAUUUACUACAUGGCCGGAACAUCUAGAAAGGAGGUUGAAACAUCUCCAUUUGUUGAAAGACUUAUUGCCAAGGGAUAUGAGGUUCUUUUCCUUACCGAAGCCGUCGACGAGUACUGUAUCCAAGCUAUGCCAGAAUACGAGUCCAAGAAGUUCCAGAAUGUCGCCAAGGAAGGAGUCAACAUUGAUGAUGGAGAGAAGGCUAAGGAAGCUCACAAGGCUCUCGAAGAGGAAUACAAGCCACUCACCGACUGGCUCAAGGAAACCGCCCUCAAGGAUCUUAUCGAGAAGGCUGUCGUUUCCCAACGUCUUGUGAAGUCUCCAUCUGCCCUUGUUGCAUCGUCUUACGGAUGGUCUGGAAACAUGGAGCGCAUCAUGAAGUCUCAAGCUUACGCUAAGGCUAAGGAUCCAACUCAAGAUUUCUAUGCUACUCAAAAGAAGACCUUUGAAAUUAACCCACGUCAUCCAGUCAUCAAGGAGCUUCUGAAGAGAGUAACUGCAUCGGAAGACGACGUUAUCGCUUCGUCAACUGCUAAGCUUCUGUUCGAGACAGCUACUCUUCGAUCAGGAUUCUCCCUUCAAGAUCAAGUUGGAUUUGCAGACAGAAUUGAAGCUGUUUUGCGCCAGUCUCUUGAUGUCUCUCAAGACGCUCAAGUUGAAACAGAACAACAUAUUGAAGAAGCCGAACCAGAAGCAGAACCUUCUGAAGAAACGCCAUCGAGGAGGAACACUCCGAGCUCUAAACGGUUACCAAACUCUUCACACCCCUUAGCUUUAUGCUCUCGAUGA